CUUGCCAUGCUGGCUCAGAUUACGUUCCUCCUCCUCUUCCUACUGCACGUGCCGGCAUGGGUUCGAGGCCAGUACGAGUCGUGUAGGACGAUGGUGAGCACGGACGACGGCACUGUGUGGGAGCAACACGCGUGCCAACCCAAAGCAAGGUCUAUGAAGGAAUUCAUGAACAUCCGUGUUGAGCCACCGGGCAUCACGUGUGGCGACCCACCUGAAAGAUUCUGCACGCUGGAGAACCCAUACAUGUGCAGUGACGAGUGCGAUGCAUCCAACCCGGACCUAGCUCACUCGCCUCAGCUGAUGCAGGACCGCGAGCGCGGCGGUCUGGUCACAUACUGGCAGUCCCAGACGUGGCGGCGCUACCCGGAACCUUUACUUGCCAACAUCACGCUGUCAUGGAACAAAAGCUUGGAGCUGACCGAUGACAUCGAGGUGACCUUCGAGUACGGUCGGCCCACGGUCAUGGCUCUGGAGAAGUCUCUAGACCACGGGCGCACGUGGCAGCCGUACCAGUACUACGCCGACGACUGCUUGGACAUAUUCGGAAUGCCGGCGCGACAGGCGCGGGACCUCACGGCGACCAACGCGACUCGCGUCAUCUGCACCGAGCUGUAUUCGCGCUGGGUGGGUGCCAAGGGUGACAAGGUGGUUCGCUUCGAGACGAGGACCCGUCUGGGUAUCUUCGCCGGGCCGCGGCUACGCGACACGGAGGCUCUUUACGCGCGCUUUGAGAGCACGAGGGGCCUGCGUGAGUUCUUUACCUUCACUGACCUGCGUCUGCGUCUGCUCAGACCUGCGCUCGGAGGGACGUACGUGCAGAGGGACAACCUGCUCAAGUACUUCUAUGCCAUCUCUAACAUAGAGGUGCCAUCCAGGUGUAAGUGUAACCUGCACGCGUCCCAGUGUGUGUUGGAAGAUGGGAAUCUGCAGUGUGUGUGCGAGCACAACACCACAGGCCAGGACUGUCAACGCUGCAAAAAGGGGUUCAAAGCCAAGAGCUGGAAACCAGGAUCAUACCUGCCAACUCCUAGUGGAACACCGAACACGUGUGCUCAAGCUGGUACUUCCUCCGGUUCCAACUGUGAAUGCAAUGGCCACUCCAAUCGCUGCAGCUACAUCGACUACCUGAACAUCGUCACAUGUGUGAGCUGUAAGCACAACACUCGUGGUCAAAACUGCCAGCACUGCCGCAUGGGCUACUACAGGAAUGCCUCGGCGGAACUGGACGACGAAAGUGUGUGUGUCGAGUGUGGUUGUAAUCAGAUGGGUUCACUCCAUGACCGAUGUAAUGCCACAGGAUUCUGCCAGUGUAAAGAUGGGACGAUGGGCACAAAGUGUGAUGAGUGUUUGCCUGGUUACUACUGGAAACAUGGAUGUCACCCGAACGUAUGCGACGACGAGCUGCUGAUGUGCCACAACGGCGGCACGUGCCACCAGAACCAGCGCUGCAACUGCCCACCCAACUUCAACGGCGUCCUGUGCCAGGUUUCGCUCUGCAAAGACGGGAAGAAAUGCAUCCGCGCCAACCACGACGCCGCCUCCGUGCCUGCUCUGAGCUCGGCGUUGCUGGUGCUGUGCCUGAUCCUUACUCUCCCCAUGGGUUCUGAAAGCGCGGCCAGUGCCGGUUCACCGUCGCACGCGUUGGUACACAUUCAGGGUGGAGCACUGGAAAUGAUUUCACUACCGGGUGCUCUUGAGGUACCCAGGACUUCUCGCAGAAUGGAAGAAGUACAAUGA